AUGCCGGAGCCCGGGCCGGACGCCUCGGGCACUGCCAGCGCGCCGCCCCCGCAGCCGCCGCCCCAGCCUCCCGCGCCCAAGGAAUCCCCGUUCUCCAUCAGGAACCUGCUCAACGGAGACCAUCACCGGCCGCCCCCGAAGCCUCAGCCGCCCCCACGAACGCUCUUUGCGCCGGCCUCGGCCGCCGCCGCCGCGGCCGCCGCUGCUGCCGCCGCAGCCAAAGGUGCCCUGGAGGGCGCCGCGGGCUUCACGAUCUCGCAGGUGGGCGACCUGGCUUUCCCCCGCUUUGAGAUCCCAGCGCAGAGGUUUGCCCUGCCAGCGCACUACCUGGAGCGCUCCCCGGCCUGGUGGUACCCCUACACCCUGACCCCCGCCGGCGGCCACCUCCCGCGACCAGAAGCCUCGGAGAAGGCCCUCCUGCGAGACUCCUCCCCUGCGUCCGGCACCGACCGCGACUCCCCGGAGCCUCUGCUCAAGGCUGACCCCGACCACAAGGAUCUGGACUCCAAGAGCCCGGACGAGAUCAUUCUGGAAGAGAGCGACUCGGAGGAAGGCAAAAAAGAAGGCGAGGCGGUGCCUGGCGCGGCCGGAACGACAGUAGGGGCUACUGCGGCGACACCGGGCUCAGAGGACUGGAAGGCGGGCGCCGAGAGUCCCGAGAAGAAGCCGGCGUGCCGCAAAAAGAAGACGCGCACCGUCUUCUCCCGCAGCCAGGUCUUCCAGCUCGAGUCCACCUUCGACAUGAAACGCUACCUGAGCAGCUCGGAGCGAGCCGGCCUGGCCGCAUCGCUUCACCUCACCGAGACGCAGGUCAAGAUCUGGUUCCAGAAUCGCCGCAACAAGUGGAAGCGACAGCUGGCCGCCGAGCUGGAGGCGGCCAACCUGAGCCACGCCGCGGCGCAGCGCAUCGUGCGCGUGCCCAUCCUCUACCACGAGAACUCUGCGGCCGAGGGGGCGGCGGCGGCCGCGGGGGCCCCGGUGCCGGUCAGCCAGCCGCUGCUCACCUUCCCGCACCCCGUCUACUACUCGCACCCGGUGGUCUCCUCCGUGCCCCUGCUACGGCCGGUGUGA